CCAGAAACUAAUUCCAAAUGUGAGGAUAGUCAAAAAUGCGCGUUUGACAUCAAAGUCAAGUAUUUUUAUUCCCCUAUCACUAUCUUUUAUUACUAUUGCUGUUCUUCGUCCUGCUAAUCGGUUCUCUCUCUCUAGACUCUCGUGCGUGUGUUGAGAACUUGACCGUGUGUUGCUGUGAUAUGGGUGCUCAGGAUUUCUGGGUGGUUAUUGUUAUUGGCUUUUGCUUCCAUGCUCAAAUCUUGAGCUCUCAGAACUUGACAUGCAAUCCCAACGAUUUGAAAGCAUUGGAGGAUUUCAUGAACGGUAUAGAUUCCGUGAUUGAAGGGUGGGGCAGCGAUUUUUCACCUAAUUGCUGUAAAUGGGCAGGCAUCACUUGCAAUUCUUCGUCCUCUCUCGGAUUGAACUAUUCCAUUGAUACUUAUAGAGUGGUAAAACUGGAGCUUCCAAAGAGAAGGCUACUGGGAAAUCUCUCUGCAUCUUUAGGGACCUUGGACCAGCUCAGAACCCUCAAUCUCUCUCACAAUUUCCUCAAGCACUCGCUUCCAGUUUCGCUCUUCCAUUUGCCAAAUUUAGAGGUUUUAGGCAUGAGUUUUAAUGACUUUUCUAGCCCCAUUCAUGUCGAUAUCGAUUUGCCUUCAAUCCAGUUCCUUGACAUUUCUCAGAACUUUUUGAAUGGUUCCCUUCCUGGCAGCAUCUGUGACAACAAUUCUACUAAACUUCGGGUACUCAACGUGGCCGAUAACUGCUUCUCUGGCAAUCUUCCACCAGGUUUUGGCAAUUGUACUUCCUUGGAGGACCUUGACCUGAGCGCGAAUGACCUUACAGGCACAGGUAAUGAUAUAUUUCGUCUGCGAAAGCUAACCCAGUUGAACAUUCAAGAUAACAAGCUGUCAGGGGCCCUCAGCGAAGAAUUCGGUAAGCUCAUUAACCUUGUUCGUUUGGAUAUCUCAACUAAUGGGUUUUCAGGAACUAUCCCAGAUGUUUUCUACAGCCUUGGAAGAUUACAGAAUUUUGUAGCUCAUUCAAAUCGUUUUGGUGGUCGGAUACCCCCUUCUUUGCCGAGUUCAUCGACUAUCACUUUGCUUAAUUUGAGAAACAAUUCAUUGCAGGGCUCAAUUGAUCUUAAUUGUUCAGCAAUGACUAGUUUGACCUCUCUUGAUCUCGGUUCCAAUCGGUUUGAUGGGCCUAUUCCCUCCAAUCUUCCCUCCUGUCAACAUUUGAAUACAGUCAAUCUUGCCCGUAACAACUUCAUUGGCGAAAUCCCAGAAAGCUUCAAGAGUUUCCAUAGCCUGUCUUACAUCUCGCUGUCAAAUUGCAGCCUUUCCAAUAUCUCUUCUUCCCUUCAAAUUUUACAGCAGUGUCAGAACCUGACUACUUUGGUUCUCACCUUGAACUUCCGUGGCGAACAAUUUCCUGCUGAUCCAACCAUUCAGUUUGAAAAGCUGAAGAUUCUGAUUAUUGCAAACUGUAGGCUCACAGGUGUAAUACCCCAAUGGUUGAGUACUAGCAGCAGAUUGCAGUUGUUGGAUAUAUCGUGGAACCAUUUGGAAGGAACAAUUCCAGUCUGGUUUGGCAAUUUUAGCAGUCUUUUCUACAUGGACGUGUCUAAUAAUUCCUUAACGGGGGAAAUCCCGAGAAGCUUAACUGGACUCCCGAGCCUCAUUAAUGGGAGGAUCUCCAUUGAGGAACCUUCCUAUGAUUUCCCUCUUUUCAUGAAGUGGAAUGUAAGUGUACGUGGGUUGCAGUACAAUCAAGUUUCAAGCUUUCGGCCUACAUUGGACUUUAGCAACAACAAUCUCAAUGGACCAAUCUGGCCGGACUUCAGGAAGCUGAGGUUGCUUCAUGUUUUGGAUUUGAAGAACAACAGAUUAUCAGGACCGAUUCCGAGUAGUUUAUCUGAGAUGGUGAGCUUGGAGACCCUGGAUUUGUCUCAUAAUGUGCUUUCGGGGAUAAUCCCACCUUCGUUGGUUAAGCUUAGCUUCCUGUCCAAGUUUAGUGUUGCAGACAAUGAAUUGUAUGGGGUGACCUCUACAGGAGGUCAAUUUUCGACCUUCUCAAGUUCAAGUUUUGAAGGGAACAAUCUUUGCGGCUACGAUGCUGUGCCUUGUCCAUCCGGACAGGAUGAUCCUCUGGGAACAUGGUUCGGCAAAUCAAGCAAGGAUUAUACCGGAGUUAUUGCUGGAGUGUGUGUCGGAUUCGUAUUUGGAAUAGCAUGUUUCAUUGGAGUAGAUAGGUAUGUCUGGACUUUCUAAGGAGAGUACAUCCUUCUUUUUUAUGUUACAUCCUUCUGUUUUAUGUUUUCUUUUGUAUGCUCGUGACCUAAUGUAUAAAGAGUAGUAUUUCAAAAAAAAAAAAAAAAGUAUAAAGAGUUGUAACUA